CCAAAAAAAAAAUUAUUUCAUUAAUUAUCCAUUUAUUAAAUAAAAAAAAUUAUUUAAAUUACAAGUAAAAAUAAAUUAAUAAAUAUUUGUCUUUUUUGUAAUUAUAUUUUUUUUUGUUUAUAUUAGAAAAUAAUUAUUAUUGUUUUUCUUAUCUACUCCCCGAUAAAACUUGCCGAACAAUGUAUUCAAAGAUUCAAUAAGCUACGUAAUUGAUUCAGUUUAUCAAGUCCAUGGCCAGAGCAAGAGCAAUAGAAGAGAAUAUGAUUGUUGAAUUCACUCGGAGCUUUGAAUAAAUAAUAAUAGUGAUUCUCAAAUAUCCGCAUGACACCAUCUCAGGUAUAUAAGAUAUAAAGCAAAAAAAAAAAAAAAAUUGUCCACGUGAUUCAACAAUGAUCUUAAGAUCAAUGUUUUCACCUGUGAAGCUGCUAAUUCGUCAAAUUAGAAAUUAAAUAGCAAAGAUUUUAUAUAAUGACAUAAAAAAAAUUGAAGUGAAUUAGAAAUUUUUUUUCAAAAAUGUUUCACAAAUUCAUUGAUUAUAUGAAAGAUCCACAUUUAGUUGCGAAAAUACAAAAUUUUUUUGGAAUUAUAAUUCAUGAGAAAUGUCAAUUUAAUGUGGAAAAUUUAAAAAGCAAAGAAAAAGAAGAAGAAGAAGAAGAAAAUUUAAAUGGUAUUAAUAAUAUAAAAAUGGAAACAAAUGGUUAUUUUAAUAAAAUAAUGAAUGAUGAAAAAAAAAUAAAUUCUAAAAAAAAAGAAUUAAUUGCAACAAAUUUAACAAGAAAAUUUAGUAUUAAUAAUCAAUUUUGGUAUUAUUUGUUUCUAUUUGGCACUGAAUUGGGAGAUGAAAUUUUUUACAUUUCAUUUAUACCAUUUUGGUUUUGGAAUAUUGAUAGUUCAGUUGGACGAAAAGUUGUUCUUGUUUGGUGUAUUGUCAUGACAAUUGGACAAGCGCUAAAAGAUAUUAUUUGUUGGCCAAGACCAGCGUGUCCACCAGUUGCUAGAUUACAAAAUAAAUGGUCCCAAGAAUAUGGAAUGCCAUCGACUCAUGCAAUGAUUGGAAUAUCGAUACCAUUUAGUGUUUUAAUUUAUACAAUGAAUCGAUAUAAUUAUUCAUAUUCUGUGGCCUUUUUCAUUGCUUUAAUAUGGUGUGCAGUAGUUUGUAUGAGUCGAUUAUAUCUUGGAAUGCAUACAGUACUAGACUUAAUUGGAGGACUUGCAUUGGCAAUUGGAUUGAUGAUUCCAUUAGUGCCAUUAAUAGAUGUAACUGACUAUUAUUUUUUAACGAACGGUUGGAUAUUGUCGAUUUUAGUAUUUCUCACUAUUAUCACUAUUAUUUAUUAUCCAAAUAGCGAUAGAUGGACGCCAACUAGAGGAGACACAACAAUGGUAGUUUCUGUAACAGUUGGCGUACACGUUGGUUCAUGGCUUAAUUUCACAACUGGAGCAUUAAAUGAAUCAUUAAUAUCACCACCUUAUGAAAUUAAUUGGCCAACAUAUCAAACAUUAGCCUUAAUUAGUUUUCGUACAAUUUUUGGCUUUUGUUGUAUAAUUUUUCUACGAGGAUUAUGUAAGUCAAUUAGUUAUUCAAUAAUGUGUGCCAUAUUACGUGUUAAUUCAAAGGAACUUAUUAAAAGUGAAAAUUCAUUGAUAAAUAAAAAUAAAAUUAUUGUCGAUCUUGUUUAUAAAUAUGUAACAUAUUUUAUAGUGGGAUUUAAUAUUGCUUAUUUAAUGCCGUAUAUUUUUACAAUUAUCGGUAUUGAACGCAAUAGUUUUUACUCCGAAAUGUAGAUAAAAAAAAAGAA